UAUUGGCAACACUCAAUCGAUCGUUGUCAGUCGUCAUUUAAUUUUUCUUGUUCAUUGGUGUCGUGAAUAUUAUAAAAUUAUUAAAAAUGUCUUUUUUGGCGACGCUAAACCGUGUUGUAUUUAAACGCACAUCUACAUUUGCUCUCGCUGUAGCUUCAGGAACAUUCUUUUUCGAAAGAACGUUUGAUGUAAUCUCUUUAGCUAUAUUCGAAAGCAUAAACAAGGGAAAACUAUGGAAGGACAUCAAGGACAAAUAUGAAGAAUAAAUAGUUUCAAAUUAAAUUAUCCAUUAUAAUAGUUUAUAUGUUAAAUACAUGAUUUAAUUAAAUUAUAAUUUUUUAA